AUGUGUGCGAAAAGUAUUGAUUUUUACGGAGACGUCACAUGCCGCAAAAAAUUGUUGGUGGUGCAAGAAGACGGCUCCACGAUAGAUAUUGUGGAAACGAUAACAACUUUGUUCGCGGAAAAUUUGGAGCUUAAAAAUCGUUUGGCAGCCGUCGAGUCGACGCACGGGUGGUUCUUCAAACCGCCGAGUCCACCACCGCCGAGUCCACCACCGUCGGUACCAAUCCCAGACGACGGCAGUUGGCAUACUUUCGUCGCCGAGUGUUUGGCCGAAGCUCCGGUCACCGGCGAGUGCACUGACUGGGCGUCUGGUAAUAACUACGGCGCGAUGCCGAAUUGGGACGUGAGUUUGGUGACGGAUAUGAGUGGAUGGACUGGAAGUGCACAUAAAGGCUUUGGCGGUAAAAGUACAUUCAACGCUGAUAUUUCGAAGUGGGAUACAGGGAAAGUGACUUCUAUGUAUUAUAUGUUUCUUCGAGCUCCUGCGUUCAACCAAGACAUUGGGAGUUGGAACACGGCGCAAGUGACUACUAUGUAUGGAAUGUUUAAUUCCGCUUCUGCGUUCAACCAAGACAUUGGGAGUUGGAACACAGCGCAAGUGACUUUUAUGCAUGGAAUGUUUUAUCUCGCUUCUUCGUUCAACCAAGACAUUGGGGGUUGGAACACAGCGCAAGUGACUGAUAUGAAAUCUACGUUUGAGCGCGCUUCUGCGUUCAACCAAGACAUUGGGAAUUGGAACACAGCAAAAGUGACUACUAUGUUUUAUAUGUUUAAGUUAGCUUCUGCGUUCAACCACGACAUUUCCUCGUGGACCGGAUCCGCGGCGACAACAGCGCAAGGCGACAUGUUUACUUCCGCAACUGCGUUUCAAGCGAAAUUUUCGUGCACCAACGCCGUCACCGGUCCGGCGAAUUCGUGCACGUGUACCAAGUGCUUCCCGGACGCGAGUUGGCACGUUUUUGUCUCGGAAUGCUUAGAACUUGAACCGAAAUACGGCGAAUGCAUGAGUUGGGAUAAAGUAGGGACGUACGGGACGAUGCCGAAUUGGGAUACCGGAUUGGUGACGGAUAUGGGUAAAAAAUACUCCUCGGAAAGAGGUUACAUGGGGUUCUACAAUCAAACAGAUUUCCGAGGCGAUCUUUCGAAAUGGGACACGUCGCGCGUGAAAUCCAUGGAAUCUAUGUUUUACGACGCCGCAUCGUUUAUUGGCGACGGCAUCUCAAAUUGGGACGUUUCUCACGUGACGAAUAUGGAUAGCAUGUUUUAUAAAUCUUUGGCGUUUAACCAACCUAUCGGGAGUUGGGACACGUCCAAAGUCACGGACAUGUACGCAAUGUUUGAAUCUGUCGCCUCGUUUAACCAGGACAUUACAAACUGGGACGUCUCUCAAGUGACGAGCAUGGAACGGAUGUUUUACGAGUGUUCUUCAUUCGACCAAGACGUUUCUGCGUGGACUGGUGUCGCGUCCACGACGGCGCAAACCGACAUGUUUUACGCGGCGACUUCGUUUCGAACGAAAUUCGCGUGCGCGAACGCGAACGACGGCCCGGCGAAUACGUGCACGUUGCCGGAACCGAUUCUCGAUGCAAACUGGCACGCGUACGUCGCAGAGUGUUUAGCGAUUGCGCCGAUGGAUGGUUUGUGCACUUCGUGGGACAAAUACGGCGCGCACGGCGCGAUGCCGAAUUGGGACGUGAGUUUGGUGACGGAUAUGAGUGGAAUGACUGGAAGUGUUUUUCAAGGCUUUGGCGGUAAAAGUACAUUCAACGCUGAUAUUUCGAAGUGGGAUACAGGGAAAGUGACUGAUAUGAAUCAUAUGUUUUAUAAAGCUUAUGCGUUCAACCAAGACAUUGGGAGUUGGAACACGGCGCAAGUGACUUCUAUGAGAGCUAUGAUUAAUCAAGCUUCUGCGUUCAACCAAGACAUUGGGAGUUGGAACACAGCGCAGGUGACUAAUAUGGAAUAUAUGUUUUAUUCCGCUUCUGCGUUCAACCAAGACAUUUCCUCGUGGACCGGAUCCGCGGCGACGACGGCGCAAACUGAAAUGUUUCGCGACGCGACUGCGUUUCAAGCGAAAUUUACGUGCACCGACGCUGUCACCGGUCCGGCGAGUUCGUGCGUAGGUCCCUCGCCAAUUCCAGACGCGAGCUGGCAUGCUUUCGUCGGGGAUUGUUUGAUGUGGGAGGAAUCUCCAGUGAUUGCGGAGACUGGAGAAUGUAUAGACUGGGCUCGAUCGAAAGAUGUUUGGUACGGGACGAUGCCGAAUUGGGAUACGAGUUUGGUGGAAGAUAUGCGUGGAUGGACUGGAAGUGCUUAUCAAGGCUUUGGCGGUAAAAAGACAUUCGACGGCGACAUUUCGAAGUGGGACACCGGGAAAGUGACACAAAUGACACAAAUGUUUAAGUACGCUUCUGCGUUCAACCACGACAUUUCCUCGUGGACCGGAUCCGCGGCGGCGACGGCGCAAACUGGCAUGUUUACUUCCGCAACUGCGUUUCAAGCGAAAUUUACUUGCACCGACGCUGUCACCGGUCCGGCGAAUACUUGCACGUAA